AGACCACUGCGUACUGUGAAUAAAAGGCUGGAGAGCCCACCAGCUGCCAAUAAUGUAAAUAGGACCAUAUUUUCAGAUACAGGUGAAAUCUCAGACCUUCACUGAUUCCACAUCAGUAAAUUAAAUGUGACCCUACUGAACUGGCCUCUGAAUUUGGUUGCUGGAGUGUGACAAGUUGUAUCUUGACCAGCAAGUGAUGGGAAUGUGCCAACUGCACAUUAUGGGUGUACGAUGGGUCUGUCAGUCACGUUUUUCUGGCAGGGUGGGAUCACUAUGGCUCCUUCUUGACAGCUGAGUCAAAAGCAGGAACUUCAUCUGGAAGCCAGGUGUUACUUUCGAGCUAUACUUCCUCCCAAGGAGUACAAUUAUAAACAUCUAAAAAAUAAAGUUCUAGAAGUGUGUGCAGAAAUUCUCCUAGAUUGGAAUGUAAAUAGGACAGUCUGAACCGGUCACUGUCAUGAAUUCUCUUGCUGAUACAGAAGGAUCUGUCAUGCAGUAGAGCGUGGACUGGUCUUUAUGCUUUUAAGGGGAAGCCUUAUGAAGAUGGAGCUGUUUUCUUCACUUUAUUGUUCCCCCCUCCACUUUCCUUCAGCAGAGGUUAUUUGUCUUCAGGCAGUUCUGGGUUACAUGGAGGGGUGCAGUGCCAGUCUCAGAUUUGCUGUCCUGGCACAGCUGGGCGUGCAGCUUUCAGAAGGCAGCGUUCAGAAAGGAAAGGCACAACGUUCUGAUGCUACAUUAAUCUCAUUUAAUCUCAUUGUGUCUUGUUUGAAGAUACUCAGCAGUAAUAGACAGAAACAAAGCCAUAAUGUUUUGUGAUUUCUAGAAAAUAUGAGAAAAAUGUCUUUAAUUUUUUUCCCCCGUGGAUGUGUUCUGGUUUUGCUCUGAAUUCCAUGUAGGUAAUUUCUUGGAAAUUAUAGUUUGAGUUUUGUGGAGAUCAAGACUCUGUGGGGAGAGCUGAGGAGAAGAGGGGGUGUGCUCAGGCACUGAGGCCAGCAGCACUGGGAGCAGCGGGAGCUGUGGGUCAGUGUGAUGGAGCUGGGGGAGCAUGGCAGGGAAGAGAAGCUCUGCUCUGAGGGGUCAUUUCCUUGGGGAAGGGAGCAAAGUUCAGGAACAUGAGGCUCACAGAGGGAACGGGUGAGGGACAGGGCUGGGGGAUGCUGGGAUGUGCUGGGGAAUUGCAAGGAGCUAGAGCUUCUGAGCUUAAGGGGGAUAGAGGCUCUGUGACAGGAUGGCUGCAGUUUACGUAGGGUAUUUAAGUAUCUGGCCAACUUAAUUCACUUGUGGGGAACCAUGUGUUUGAUCCUGUUCUUCUUCUCUCUUCCCCCCUCCUGAUCUUUCUGAUCUCCAGAAUACAGUACUACCACACAGAUGUCCAAUUGCUUUCAGCCCGGUGAAGGGCUGGGUCCCUUUAAAUACCAGUCCCCUUACUUGAACAUUUUUUCUUCAUGACAUUUUUCUCCUGUUUUGAUGAAGCAAAGUAUAGUUUGCUCACUUUAUUAAAAAUACAUUUCUCUUUCAUCCUUCAUUUUGACACCUGCCUUGCUGCCUAAAAGGAAAUAAAAUGCUUGCUGGCAGGAUUCCACCAUUGAGUUCCUGAGAUUAUAAAUACAUUCCUCCUCCUAAUUACCUUUGAAAUAUGCUUGAGCCUAACAUUUUAUUCAGGGAAAAAACAAAACAAAACAAAAAAACAAAAAACCCGUGUUAUACUGCUUCCUCUCUUCCAUUCAUCAGUGGCAUCUAAAAUAGUUUUCAUUUUUGGGGUAUUUCAGUAAUAGCAAUUGCUGUGUAUUCCUGGGCAAUAGAAAACAAGGUUCUUAUGCACCAAAAGAAUAAGAGCACAAAAUUUAGAGCACAGUUGACAAAAAGGUAUUAUGCAGAACAGGACAGUGGAGUAAAGGAGCCUGGCUGAAGGGAGAAACCAGCAGGAAUAGCUCCUUGAAAAGAAAUCUCUAUGAAUGGAAGCAGAACCUAUUCAUUUUGUGCCCACUUUAUGCAAGUGUUGUGGGGAUUCAUAGUCUUUUGUCCUAGAAGUAAAUGGUUUUGUUAUUUCUCUAUAUAAAAUCUUUACCUGCUAAAUAACCAGAAGCCCAGAUGACAUAAUGCCACAGAAGCUGCCGCUGAGCGUGUUUCUCUCGGCCCCUUUCCCUAAAUGUCCAGUCACUUAAAUGCUGAAUUAUAUAAUGAAUGACAGUCCUCAUGGCUAACCUUGUUUUCUCAUUCUUAGUGCUCCUCCUUGUUUCAGAAACUUCCUCUGUUAGUUUCAUUAUGUUCUUGGAACUCGAAUUAAGAGGGAGGAGCUGGCUGGCAAGGAAAAUCAUUCCCUCAUUUCACUCCUUGGCCAUCAAGUGUGGAGAGUCAGCAGUCAGGAAAAAAAAAAAAGAAAAAAAAAAUACUGGAGGAUUAUGCUUUGAACAACGGUGUAAUGUGAGGAUGAAAUGUUUGACAUCUACAGGAAGGUGCCAAAAGACCUUACACAGCCAACCUACACAGGGGCUAUUAUCUCUGUCUGCUGCUGUCUCUUCAUACUGUUUCUCUUCCUGUCUGAGCUCACCGGAUUCAUAGCCACUGAAAUAGUUAAUGAGCUGUACGUGGAUGACCCAGACAAAGACAGUGGAGGUAAAAUAGAAGUGAAUCUAAACAUCAGUUUACCAAAUCUGCAUUGUGAAUUAGUUGGACUAGACAUCCAGGAUGAAAUGGGAAGGCAUGAAGUGGGUCACAUAGACAACUCAAUGAAGAUACCUCUCAAUAACGGAGAUGGCUGUAGAUUCGAGGGACAUUUCAGCAUCAAUAAGGUCCCUGGUAACUUUCACGUGUCAACGCACAGUGCCACUGCGCAGCCUCAGAAUCCUGACAUGACUCACAUCAUCCACAAGCUCUCAUUUGGGGACAAGUUACAGGUCCAGAAUGUUCAUGGAGCAUUCAACGCCUUGGAGGGAGCAGACAAACUCAGCUCAAAUCCUCUAGCCUCUCAUGACUACAUACUGAAGAUAGUCCCAACAGUGUACGAAGACAUGAGCGGCAAGCAGCGAUACUCCUACCAAUAUACGGUCGCUAAUAAGGAGUAUGUAGCCUACAGUCACACUGGCCGCAUUAUCCCAGCUAUCUGGUUUCGUUAUGAUUUGAGUCCUAUCACAGUGAAAUACACAGAGAGGCGACAGCCUUUGUACAGGUUUAUCACAUCGAUAUGUGCCAUCAUUGGGGGAACAUUUACUGUAGCUGGGAUCCUUGACUCCUGCAUUUUCACAGCAUCAGAAGCCUGGAAGAAGAUCCAGCUGGGGAAAAUGCAGUAGCAGUGAAACUCUAAACUAGUCUUCAAGGACAGGAGCAAAGAUUGAGAAACCCACCACUACCUGUUUUUGUCUUUAUUUUCUACUUGAUUGAAUCAGUGCGUUUUUCUCUAAUCAGGCUGUUCAGUGAAGACCUCUUCAACUAAUCAAAGAAGUCUCCAUGCGUUUCCGAGCUCUGAGAGCAAAACAACAAAAAUUAAUGCAAUCAUGUCUUGGGUUUCGAUUCUAUGUCCCCAGAAAGAGAAGUUGAAAUGCCAUGUAUGAAAUACACUGUCAGAUCUAAGUAAGGAUAAUAGCAGCUUCUUGGGGAGGUUUCUGUGGCAGUAUACAAGCUAGGUAGUAGAUUGCAAAGAGUUAAGCUGUCUUGUGGCACUUUUUGGAAUUUGUUGGAUUUGCAUGAUUAGACAAUCGACUUACAUAUAAAGCAGAAUUAUACAUUAGGAAGAAAUUCCACCCAUGGUGCCAAAAAGGUGAUGUAUCUGUUGGUGAGGAAUGGAAAGUGUUAGUUCCCGUAGCAGGCUUUAGAGACAGAGGUCAGAAAUAACAUCAAGAAAUGUCUUGUGCUUUUAUGGAAAGCUCUUUGGUUCAGAUAUGACCUUUUUUCAUGAAAUGAACAAAUUUGAGGAGAAGACCAUCCCCCAGCUACCUUUUCCUGGAUAAUCUGUGGUCCAGGCAGAGGAAGGCCUUUUACUCUGGAUGUAAAAGUGAUUUAAUUUCUUCCCAGAAACUGAAUAUCCAGUCUUGUGUUUACAGGUGGCAUGAAGUAAAAACCAAACUGAGCAACACAGUUUUAUGUGGCCUUUGCUUUGAAAGGGAGUAGUUGUCUUUACAGUGUUAGCUUUUAUUCUUUCUUCUGUUGGUUUUCUUCUUGGUUUUUUUUAUUUUAAACACAGACCACCCAGCAAUCUGGACUCUGCAUUUCUGCAUUAUUAUUCUUGUUGUCGUCAUUUUGAAAAAGCAGUUUUCCAUUCUAUGUGUUCAGAGAAAAAACGGUGAAGCCUUCUGGGUGAAUGAGCACAGCUUACUGUCUUGCUUUGUGUGUGUAUAUUGAGUACACCUGUACAACACAGAAGUCUGUCUUUUCACGGUUUAAGGUGCCUACCUGUUUCUUUACAAUUCAGCCAGGCAUCUUUUCUGAGCCCUACACUGACACUGUUCACCCACAGGUACAGGAGUAGCGGGGCAGGCAUUCCCACAAACACCCCUGCUAGUUGUUCUGUUCUAUUCCUCCAAGUGGUACUGAACUUCCAUGCCCAUUUAUUAUGGCCUUGUCCUCUGAGCCCUCCAGUAACUGGAGGCACGGGGGGAGAACUGUUGCCGGGUGCGGCUUGCAUGCUAUGGUUGACGUGAGUUCACUGCAAAGUAGACCAAUGCCCACUGGUGCAUUUUCCAUAGCCUCCUAGAUGUUCCUUGGUUAGUAACUGUCUCUGCAUGCUUUGUAUGUGUCUGAGCUGAGGAUACACGGAUUUUAAGCGUUCCAGAAUGAUUAAAAAUCCUUAAUCGAUGCUAUAAAUUCUAAGAUGGGUGCAGGAUUUCUCUUGGGUAGUGUCUGCUGUCCAUUGCCCUUUCCUGGAGGCAAAAGUAUCCAAACAUCAUGUUGGAAUGAUACGAAUCUUUGAAUUAUCAGUGUUAAUGCUAGAGUCAGAUGCAUUUCAAAAGUAUUCCUAAUACAUGUCUGUUGAAAUUGUCUCAUUGCUUUGGAAGUAGGGAAGGUCUCCAGUUUUAUCUGCACACACACACACACGCCAAAAAGAAAAAUGAAAAGGCCAACAACCCCCCCCCCCCCCCAACCCCAUUCUCUGCCCUGUAGUGACUUCUGACAAGUUACAGCAUUGGAAUUAUUCCCUGUUCUUAUUAUGGACCGAUUGCUGUUCCCUUAGGUGUAAACUGGAUUGUGUAACUUCCUGUAUCUGUUAAUGUAUGGAUAGAUUUUAUACGGUUUUUUUUUUUUUUUCCAUUUACAAAAAUCAACUUGAAAACGAGAUGUUUGUCUUCAUUUCGGUGUGUGCGUCCGUCUGUCCCUGAGCGGUACCCACCAGGUGGCAGCGAUGCCUGCUGGCAGCCUGGGGUUUUUCCAUUGCAAUUCCUGCUGCUGCUGCCUGAAGGAUUUCCUCCAAUCCACUGCCACCAACUGAAGCUUAAAGCAAAAACGUCCUCGUCUUUCCCUCUUGAAUUUGCUGAAUGUUUGCUCACACCUCGGGGACCUGGUGGAUGACAAGGAUGCCAUUUUAAUGCCUUGUUGAGGCAUCUCUGUAGCACAUCGGGUUAUGCUUUUGGUUUUCUGAAGUUUUUUCCAUGUUAGAAUCUCUUCAGAACGAACUGGCAAAGUUGGUUGCGGAUGUCUUUGUGUCUCAUACCCCCAGCGUGCUUUUUCUGCCCUCCUCCCCCUCUCUCCGGAUGCAGUGCUGCCUUCUGUGCAGUCCGGGCCAGUCCUUUAAACCAGAUCACUGAGAUUGUUUGGCUUUUUUUGGAAAUAACAGAUGCAUGCUUUGGUGUGCUUGCUUUCGCUCCCAAAACGUCCCCUGCAAUAACGUAAUAAAUCACUUUUUUCUUUUUGCUAAAUGUGGAGAUCAAAUUGUACUCAAGUUCUGGCAAAAGAAACAGCCUGCACCUUGGUUCUCCGAGCCAGGCGAAGCCUCUGAGUGCUGCCAAGCCAAGGCUGACUUUGGGGUCUGCUGUACGUUGCAGCAAGCUCAUCCCUCCAGUGUGGCCUGCUGCAUCACGUAAUGUUGCUGCACCGUUUGAUUACAGAGGAAUUCACUCUUAAUCUCUCCAGAUGUGAAGGCGAGGUGCUUACUGCUGUAGCAGUACUGCCCCGUGUGUAUAUGUGUCAUUACAUUUCAUUCCAGUCUCAAACACGUUCUGUGGGCAAAAUGAGCGUAGCUACACUUCUAAGCAUCAAUGCAAGCAAAAAUGUUUUCAAGCCGUAGUGGAAGGAGAACCACUGUUUGUAGGUGUUCACCCAUAUGCUUGGAUUUGCUCCUUCAAAUCAGUAUUUUGACAGAAUUAUUUGUGGUUUUCCAAGAGAAAUAACCCCGUAGGAAGUAAAAUGUGUACAGCUUGUGUAUAUUCUGGUUUAAAUAAACCUCCCUGAAGCUACGCUGCAACAUGCAAUGAGGACGUGCAGUAUAGGAUGCUUCGCAGCACUGGGGUUAGAAUUGUAGGUCUGGGGAAGCUGCAGGGCUGUGCUCUGUGGGGUGUGGGCACUGCGGGCUGCUGAGGGGCUUUGGGGGGAAAAAAAGGAAAUUGGGUGAAAAGCAAAAAAAAAAAAGAUGUUAGUGAAUGUUUGAUCUAUCAAAUGUUUGCAUUCAGCUCUGCAAAAAGCAGAAUCUGCAGUGUAGGUGGCAGUGGUUAGAAUUAAUUUCCUGAAUGUUUCUCGUUUCAAUUCGCUUUUUAUUUGUGUGCUCCACAGACUGUUGGAGCUGGAAAUGUCUGCAGGGAGGAUCUGCUGUAGGACAGCCGUGUGGAGGUCCAGAAAGUGUGCCAGGGGGGUAUUUCUCAACAGUCCUUGGAAGAAGGCAGGGGGGCAGGGUUGUCAUCCUGUGCUGUGUCAAGGCAGCGUGUACAGCACAAGUCUGCAUUUUUACAGUGGAGUUUAUUAAGGAGUCCUCUCAUUUCCCUUUUAAUUUGCAACCUUAUGUUAAUAAACUAUUAGCUGGUUUUAGUUCUGUAAUUAAGAAUAAAACUCUUCCGUGUUUGGAUUGGCUUCUUGUUGCACUGCCAUUGCAAAAUCAACGUAAAAGGGUUUUUUUGUUUUGCUUUUAAUUACUAUUCCAAUGAACUGAGCGUUAUCACACCAUGAAAUCACUUCAGGGCAGGUCACCCUGCGGAAAGCUGCCACGAGGCUCUGUUGUAAUCAGCACUGAGUCACGUCUGGACGUCCAGUGCUGGGUUUGAACAGCACCAAGUGUCCUCACCUCCUUAUGUCUUUGAAUGAGGUGUGCGGAUUGUGCUUGGAGCUCCGUUUUGGCUUCCCUCACUUGGUUUUUAAGUAACCCUCUUUUGUCCUCCCUCUCUUCCAUUUCCUUCUAGCCUUGCUUCACAAAGCAUUUGGAAAUGAGUCGAGGCAGUUAGCAAAGAUUAAAUGCUGAGAUGUUCCACGCAGUGAAUUUGGCACCACGUCCACCUGGGAUGGCUCCUGCCUGCCUCUGGGAGCCCCAAACCCCCGACGUGCUGCGCUGCUCCUCCCUGAGGGUGGUUGGGGUCGUUUCUGUCAGCAGCACCUUCUGCCGUCAGAUGGUUUCCUUGAAAAUAAACUUGUGCCCACGGAGAACAACAUAGCAAAGUAAUCACACAGCGUCUGUCAGGAGCGCAGGCAGUGCAUGCAGGUGGUGAAGGAGGUGGUGCAGUGACGGUGCGCACAGUUGCAGGAAAGUUGCAGCAAUGGGGGUCUGGGCUGAAAAAUUUGAAUCCGAGUGGUUUCCAGGAGGAUGUCCGGGUGGUACCGGGGGGGGAAUGCCGGCUGGGACCUCGCAGCUGCAGGCCGGGUAGCAGCAGCCCUGCGCAGUUGACCUCCGGCCGCGAGGGGGCGCAAUUGGCUCCGGCUCCUCGCGCGGCCUGUGGCGCGGGCCCGGCGGCCCCUUGCGGAAGCGGAAGUACUUCGUCCUCCUCUUUCCGGGCGACCGUCGCGGAGGCUGCAGCGGCCAAAAUGAAGUUCAACCCGUUCGUAACUUCAGACCGCAGCAAGAACCGCAAACGGCACUUCAAUGCCCCUUCUCACAUCCGGAGAAAAAUAAUGUCCUCCCCGCUGU